UAAAAUUGGUAGAUAUAAAAAUUUAGAAAACUAUAUAAAAGAUUAUCCUGCACCAACUGCAUUAGAAGAAGUUCAAGAUUGGUUUGAUAAACUGAUAAAAAUUCUCUCAACAUUUUCAAGUCAACUCUCUGUGAUCAAUGAUAAGUCACCUAUUACAAGUCUAGUUGGACCUAGGAGUAUUAACUUCAGGAUGCAAUCAGAUAACAUAAGAAUAUGUUUAAAGAGGUAUUUGAGUAAAGGUGCAUCUUCAACAGUAUAUUUGAUUGAUUUUGAAAAUAUUUUAUUCACUAUACAAACUUUUGAAACUGAUGUGCGUCCCGAAAACAUUUUAUUAGAUACUAAUAAUAAUGAGCUUGUUCUUGCUGAUUGGGAAUCAGCAAUCAAAUAUUCUAAUAAUAUUGAUAAAAUUGAAUAUGCAAGAACAAUUUUAUUUUUUUCACCAAAUAUUUUAAGCAAUAAGUUUGGAUUUUAUAUUCCCAAAGCAUCUGAUGACUUACAUUCUUUUAUAUAUACAAUUUAUAUUUUACUUAAUCCAUCAAAAAAGCUGACUAUUUUCAAUAGAAGCCUAGCAUUGAAAGCAAAAUUAAUUAGAGAAUACUGGGAUGAUAAAGUAGAUGUGAAACUAGGUAGACCACUUUGA